AUGGAAGGGAGGGAGGCAGCACGGCCAACUGGGGCUGCGGAGCGGGAAGGAUGGGAUGACCUGAGUGGACAAGUCGGCCAGGGGGGGGAGGGCGGAGGGCAGAGGGCGGAUACGAUGGGUGGAUGGGACCCCGAGCUGCAAGGUCGACGAGGGAGGGUGGAGCGUGCGCGUUCUCGCUCUCGCUCGCCUGCUGUGCCUUUGAGCCAAGGACUCCAGUUGGCUGGAUCUCAGCAACCGUCGGGCUUCCGCAAGCCGCGCGACACUUGCAGGCUCUAG